GGGAUUUUGCUCAUGUCACACAUGUUUGAGUUUUUUGUCCAUUUUUUCUGAUGCCACAAUUUGCAUGGUAUUGAUCUCCAUUCAAACCUAAACAAGGAGCAAGUUUUCCUUCUCAUUCACAUUUUUUCAUUUACAGAGCUGUGUCUCUGGAUAUGUCUAGACAAGUUUUGUUCAUCAUUUUCCUGGUCCUCCAACUAGUCCAUUUGGGAAGUGGCCGGAUUGUCAGAGACUCCGGUCUUAUAUCCGAUGGAAUAAAUGACAUAAGAGGCCAAUCUUCGAUCCUCGAAGCACCGAAUCUUAAAGCAGAUUCUGUGACUUGUGAACCAACUUAUGGCUUCUUGCCUUGUGCAACGUCAGUUUGGGGGCUGCUUUCCCUGAUAAUCGUCUACGAGGUCUUGCUUUCCCUUGCAGAUCAGUAUGUUUCAAAAGGAUCUGAAUUCUUUUUUGAAUUGUUUGGAACUGGUAUCUUUGGUGCUAGUGCUUUCCACAUGCUUGGCUUGAUUCCACAAGUUGGAAUGGUUCUUGUUACCGGAGUUACAGCAACUUCAACAACUGUGGAGGAAAUGGCAGAAAUGAGCAUGGGCAUGCUUGCAGGAUCAACAAUCAUGAUUCUUACCCUAAUUUGGGGUUCUGUUGUUGCUUUCGGCAGCUACGACCUCUCAGAUUCUCAAACUUCAUCAAAUCCAGAAAAUAAGAAACCCUUCAGUUUAACUGGUUCUGGUGUAAGAACUGAUGUCGAAACCCAAGAUACUGCAAGAAUCAUGAUGCUGUCGUUGAUCCCAUUUCUCAUUCUUCAACUGGCAAAAAUCUUGACUUCAACCAGAGCAGUUCGAGUUGUGAUCUUAGUUUCUUUACUGAUUGCAUCCGCAUUCCUUGCCAAUUACUUCAUCUACCAGUUCUUUCAGCCAUGGAUUCAGAGCAGAAGGCAUGAAUAUUUGAUGCGUAAAUACAGACCGGAAAACAUACUGCCAAGUCUUCUGACAGUACGCGGAAACCCUAAUGUAUCCAACAUAAAAGGGCUGUUCCAUAGAAUAGACAAGAAUCAUAGCACAUACAUAUCAGCAGAUGAACUUAGAGCAUUGAUCCUAGGAAUACAAAUAGAAGAAUUUGGUCUGGAUGACGAUGAUUAUGUAGCAGAAGUGAUGAAGCAAUUUGAUAUCUCUGGCGACGCUCAAAUAGCUGAGACGGACUUUGUGAAUGGAAUCUCAAAAUGGAUUAAUCCAGUUAUGCCCUCUGCCAACAGUAAAGGUCAUGAACAUAAAUCGCUUUUCAGAAGAAAUAAUUCAAAGAAUGAGAAAACUAAGGAAGAUCAGCAGACGCCGCUGAUCUCUAAGAAAAAGAAGACUAAGGGUGCUGAUAAAUCGUGGAUGAAUCUCCUGAAGGCUGUUUUUCUAAUUACUCUAGGAACUGCCAUGACGGUUUUUCUUUCAAUGCCGCUCAUGGUAAGUCUCCAAGAGUUCUCCACAGCGGCAAGCAUCCCUUCUUUCGCGGUCUCUUAUGUUGUGAUACCCUUGUCUACAAACUACAGACUGGCACUAAUGUCAGUAACGUCUGCCAGAGACAGAACGGAGAAUGCAAUUUCUUUAACACUUUCUGAGAUUUACAACGCGGCGUUCAUGAACAACAUUUCGGGGUUGGUCGUAUUUUUGGCCCUUGUUUACAUACGCAAUUUAUCAUGGGACGUCUCUGCUGAAGUUUUAGUUGUUUUACUUAUCUCGACAGCGGUUGGUCUUUCUGCCAGCUUCAGCAGAAAGUUCCCAUUUUGGACAAGCAUUCUAGCAUACACUCUGUACCCCCUAUCACUGCUUCUGCUUUAUGUUCUUGUCGCAGUUAUCGGAUGGUCUUAAGCCAGCAGUUUCGUUGCUAAUCAAACACAAACUUUACAUGUUCUUCUCUAUUUGAAUUCAGCAUAUAACCUAUGCAUUGUAUUAGAUAGUUGUUGGUGGUAAGUACCAAUAUUAUUGCAGAAAAAUUUGCUUUUCGUUGUUGCCAGUAACGAUAUACUAAAUGUUAC